GAUUAUCUAGUUAUGGAGCAGAACAUCACUGCAGUACAAACUUCAUUUCGAACCUCAGUCAUCUGUGUUGGGAUACUGUUGAAUUGUGUCGUUUUGUUUGUGGUCACUUUUUCGCGUCAGCUUCACUAUCCCCGCCACAUUUUUUGGGCAACCAUUUCUAUCUUCGAAUGCCUUUUCUUGGUCGAUAUGGCACUCGAGUUGGUGACAGUGCUCAGACGCGAUUACUUGGCUUGUCGGUUCGUAAUUCUUUUUUAUCCGGUCGACUAUUCGAUCCUGUUGAUCUGCAUGUCGCUGGCCGCAUUGGAUCGCUACUUGUCCAUCGUUCGUUACGAAUGGUAUCAGGCGAACGUCACUAAUCGAGGUGUCAUCUUAUCGAUUGCGAUUGCGGUUGGUAUAACCUACAUCAUUUUUACGAGUCCAUUUUGGACGGGCUACCGGUCAAUUUUAACCUGCACCACCACUAUAAUCCACAGCGUUUGGGCCUUCACGUGGAAUUUGUUUUUGGGAAUUGUUUGUGUCGUUCUCCACUUCAAGAUCUUCGUUGAAACUAAAACUCUCAUUCGGCAGUACGUACCCAAAUACCGUCGUAAGCCUGUAACGGUCAAGUUUGAGAACAAAUCCUUCAUCCGACAGCCCAGUAACAUCAGCUCUGGUACUAGUUUGAAAAAUCAGGAAACGGCUGAACAAGUUCUAUCCACCGUUUCCGAAAACCCUUCCGGUGUUAGAGGAGAAAAUCCCUCGAUCCUUUUUCAAGAUCCUGAAUUCAUGCAGACGCACGUCAGCCAUCAACAAGAUAACACAGAAGAAUGUCAUCACGACUCUCAUCUGCCACUAGCAUCUCAGGCCAUCAGCAAUCUAGGCGACACUGAAUUGUUUCCCUAUAUGCCAAUCCGCUCGAAAAUCAGCCGACUCGAAGUUCAAGCCGCCCUCAAUUUGUCCGUCAACAUUCUGCCGUUUUGGCUUUGUACCCUUCCUGUGUCUUGCAAUACCAUUGCCCUUUACUGGUGUAUCAGGCUGGACGUUAACUUUGACAACUUUAUGGAAAUUUUGAUUUUUUUUUGGGACAUCUUUAUGCUUCACAGUGUUUAUAAUCCAAUCAUGUACAUGGCCACCUGUUCGGAAUUUCAGAGGGCUUUUCUUCGCAUCGCAAAUAAGUUGUCAAAAAAAUUUAGUUUUGCUUCACGCAAGUAAUUUUUAAUUUAUUCUGCUCACGUUGCUAUUAACGGUGAUGUGUCCGCACAUAAGUGUCUACCUGUUGUUUUUCAAUUGAAUAUUUCGCACGAUCCUGACCAAAGUAGUCGUCUCGAUAAGUCAAUUGCUGUCUGUUUGUCGUAAUACGCCGUAAAAUUACGUUACACAAGAUCCCGCGUAAGAUAUGAAAUUGCUGUUCCCUACGUAUUUCUUUAUCCUUUCAAACGGGAAUGGAAAGUGAUUGAAGUCUGGGGUUACAUAACAUUCAGAUUUUUGGCAAAUCUUUUCCUACUUCCCAAAUCAAUUUCUAUAAAGUCGAGUGUUCUUAUGACAUAGGAGCUUAUAACAUACUUGUUUUUAUUAUUUUUAACUGUUAGGGAAAAAACUGACCUUUCUGAAUUCAAUAUCAAUUGAGGAUUGGGCGAACGAAGUACUCAGCAGAAUUUGGUUGCCGUGUGAGCCACAAUAGGUAAACAUUCAAACAAGAAGUUCGACCAUGGUUUAUCGCCAAGUUUUUGGAUUUCAUCUUGAAUGGAUGCAACUUAAACAAUCUUUUUUAUUUUUUUCCGUUGCGGCAACCUGUUGCUAUGGUAACCUUCAUAUUUAUGUUUAAAUGCGUCAAAUUAUGUAUGAGCUCAGCCUACCAUUUGAUUAAAUGUUGUAAACCUAUAAAACAACCAACUCAAAUGUUGACUUUUAUUUACCGUUUUGCUUCUAUUCGUCAAAUUGUCUAGUCUUCCCCACCUGUUAGGACUAUAGUAAGCUCUAAGCAGUAGUGAAACUGCGCAUGCUCAAAUGGAUUUAAGAGUCCCUGCAUGACGGCC